AUGGGUAACGUCUGGGGACAGCUGUUCCCCCCCGAGCCGCAUUUCACCGAGAAGGAAAUCCCUUCGCUCGAAGGAGGAGUCUUUAUUGUCACUGGGGGAAACUCAGGCGUCGGGCUAGAAAUUGUCAAAAUCCUCUACGCGCCUGGCGGCACAGUCUACAUGGCUGCAGUGGAUGCAUUCCUUGCGCAAGAAUCCCGGCUGGAUGUGCUUUUCAACAAUGCAGGGAUUACUCGCCAGCCCGCUGGCUCGGCCACAAAGCAAGGCCACGAAAUGCACAUGGGCACCAACUGCUUGGGGCCGAGACUACUAAGUCCGCGCCCAAGGACAGCGUACGCAUCAUCUUUACCUCCUUCGGGAAUCGUCGACCUAACGGGUCCUCCAGGGGGUCUCUCCUUUGAGGAACUCAAGCCUGGCCACUUCCACAGUGACAUGAACCGCAACUACAGCGCGUCCAAGGCCGGAAACUGGUUUUUGGCUUCUGAAUUUGACAAGCGCACUCCGGACGUUGUUUCUGUGGUGCAGAGCCCCGGAACGCUGAAGACCAAGGGCUGGGAUGGAACACCUAAGCUUGUGCGAAUCAUCAUGGCGCCGCUGCUUUACCCUCCCAAGUUUGGUGCCUACACGGGGCUAUGGGCUUGUCUCAGUGCCGAGGUCAAGAAGGGCGACGGACAGAAGCUCAUCAACCCAUGGGGAAGAUGGCAUGAAACGCCGAAGAAGGAAGUUGUUGCCAGCUUGAGCACAAAAGAGGCCGGCGGUACAGGCCUUGCUGCUGAGUUUUUCGACUUUUGUACGAGCAGACCAAGGAACACGCUUGAUUAA